AUGACCGACGCAACUGAAACAACAAUUGCCCACGAGCAAUCGGACCAGCAUAGCACUCGGCCACAAUUCGGCAAUCGGUUUCUUUCCGCCAACGAUGAUGUCUUCCAGCACAACGCUUGGGACAACGUGGAAUGGGACGAGGAGCAGGAACAUGCCGCCCUGGAAGGGGUGAAGAAAAAUUCAUCCGUCAAAAUGUCGGAAGAGGAGGUGAUUCGUCUGGAAACGGAAGCUGAUCAAAACUGGGAUCGAUUUUAUGGCAUACACCAGAAUCGGUUCUUUAAAGACAGACACUGGCUAUUUACGGAGUUUCCAGAAUUGGCACCAUUUAAACAUACGACCAAUGUUCCCGAACGCGUGCUACCGGAUGGAGAAACCGUUAAAAGAAUGGAAGGGCACAAGACUAAUCCGCAACGGAGAACGAUUUUUGAAAUCGGUUGCGGAGUAGGAAACACCGUGUUUCCGAUUCUGAAGUACAGCGACGAAGAGAGUUUGAUGGUUUACGCUAGCGAUUUCUCGCGCCAAGCCAUCGACAUUAUGCGUCAGAGUCCCGAGUAUGACACGAAACGGUGUCAAGCGUUUGUGCUCGAUGCAACGGCCGACAAAUGGGAUGUGCCGUUCGAGGAGAAUAGUAUCGACAUUGUUGUGCUAAUAUUUGUCCUAUCUGCCAUCGAUCCGGAACGAAUGCAACACGUGGUAAAUCAAGCCUCUCGCUACCUCAAACCUGGUGGACUGGUAAUGUUGCGCGAUUACGGCCGCUACGAUCUUGCCCAGCUGAGGUUUAAACCGGGCAAAUGCGUUAAGGAAAAUUUUUAUGUACGCGGCGAUGGAACACUAGUUUACUUCUUCACACAAGACGAUUUGCGAAGGCUUUUCACGAACGCUGGCUUAGUUGAGGAACAAAACAUAGUCGACCGGCGGCUACAGGUAAAUCGUGGCAAGUUGAUUAAGAUGUACCGCGUUUGGGUGCAAGUCAAAUUUCGCAAACCUGUAGAUUAA